UGACAACAACAAGGGGAGGACGAUGCGGAGGCGCAGGUAUCACCAAGGCAUCCUCUCAGGCUCUCUCCCCUGAGUUGCUGCAUAUGUCGUACCUAGGUAAUAACCCCACCUCCGACUAAGGUACCUAGCUACGUACUUAAUCGUCUCGCACAGGCGAUCGACUUUCUCGUCCUUUCUGCCCAUCGAGGGGUCCACGGUCCACCAUCCCACCGGAACCCGACUUCUUCGCGGUAGCCAAUAACCAUUGGCAUUAACCCUUACCCGAUGUCCGUCGGCUUCGGCUUCUCCGUCGGCGAUUUCCUCGCCGCCCUCAAGCUCGUCGGCACCGUCAUUGAUGCCCUCCGCGAGGCAUCCGAGUCGGGCGACGCCUAUCGCGAGCUGCUUCACGAGCUAUUUGCCCUCGAAACCGCCCUGCUUCACGUGAAUCGCCUCGAACUCGAUGAUGGGCAGCGCACCGAGAAAAUUGCCCUGCGCCAGGCUGCGGCGCAAUGCCAGCGCACCAUCGAUAACUUCUGGGACAAGAUACGAAAAUACCAACCCCAUCUGCGCCAUGGUGGGACGGGGUCCCGCAUCAAGGAUUCCUGGGUCAAGAUCAAGUGGGCGGUCUGCAAGAAAGAUGACAUGGAGCGGUUCAAGGCUGAUCUGAGAGGGCACAGGGGAGCUAUCGAGGUUCUCCUAUUGGCCGUGCAAAUGGAGGCCGCCGUGAUGCAGUCUAGGAGGCAGGACGAGGCACAAAAAACGCUGGCCGGGAAGAUACAAGAGUUAUCUUCGCAGUGGUUCGGCACGCUGUCUGCCAUAGCCGAUGGUGUCAACCAUAGCGUGCAGCAAGGAAAGUACCUCCUCGAUGCCACGGCAAAGAUCAUCCAGACGAACCUGCGAGUGUUCCAGAUGGUCUUUGAUAUCCACCAGUAUAUCCUUAGAGUCCCACCGCAGGUCAACCGCCAACAGCCCGUCUACAUGAUCGAUGCGUUUGGCAAGGAAUCGCCCUUCCAUCUCGAAUUUGUUCGGUCGGCAGAAGCACUCAUUGCGAUCUUAAAGGUAAACUUCAAGUCAACCAGUUCGGGAUCACGAAUGAUUGAACGUGGCGAUUUCGUGAUAGAGGACGCUGGCACGAAGCGAGAUAUUGACCUUGACUGCGACUGGGACACUUGCUUUUUCCCCGGACAACGCGUGUCAAUGAGCAUGGUAUUCAAGCGCCGCGGGGAGCCGACGACGUCCACCUGCCCUGCUUGCCGAACCGAAGCAGGAUCAGCCGCAGACCAAGAGGUGGUAUGCGACAAGUGCGGGAUCACUUUCCGUCGGGUGAGGGAAGAGCCUAGCGAGAUGCCGCCGCGGCUGCACCCGCCAAUUGUGACAGAGAGGCUUCGAGCCGUCAAAGGCCCACGUGCAGCCGAACCACAACCCAAACCGCAACUCCAGAGGAGGAAUGAGGGCGGAGACGACGUCGAUGACAUUCAAAGAUUCCGACGAGUGCGAUUGCUGGAGUCAGUCAGCCGCUGCAGGCUCUAUACUUCGGUGAACGGCAGCUGGUAUGACUAUGGAACGGGUUUAGCAGUGCGAACCGAUGUCAUUGACGACAAUAUUUGUAUCGAGGUUCACUCGCAACAUGAACCGGGUCACGAGUUGGUCAUGGAACGGGUGUCUCGACGUGGUAUUCAGGGAGAAGACGAGACUCUGCUAGUUUGGACUAAUGUAAAGUCUCGCACUAAACGGGCACUCAGAUUUCAAACCGAGGAGGGGUACAUGGCAGCCUGGCGUCCAUCCUACGUAGGGGGGAGGCUUGAAGGAUGGUAUAGGCGUUAUUUCUUUCCGUAGUCGAGAUAGAUUUCCCAAGUUCUUUAGGCCUCUCCGGUAGGGCCAGUAUAAAUGGGAACACAGUGAGAUUGAUUACAUGAUUGUUGGAAUCGAGCGAGGGAAACGACAUCCAGGGAGCUGGGCAAGGAGACAACUACUACCUAGUAGACGAGUAGUUUCUAACGAAGGCAGCACAAGAAGCACGAGUUGGGGCGACUCGGAAACUACCUAGAUAAAGCAAUGCGGGACUGAUGUACCUAUAACUUACCUGUGACCGAGAGCCGGUUUCCCACGACACGAUGAGCACUAAUCCAUUGCCCUAGUGACAGGCACUGUUGAGUACUCUCACUCACUC